UUUUCCUCUGGCGAGGUACUCUAAUGUAUCUACUUAGCACACCGAAACGUUUCUAGACGGUAUUGGUUUUCCUCGGGCUAAACCUCCGUAGGUGUCAGCCAUGUCUCUAUCAGACCAGAGCCGACAGUGUUAUCCAACCAGUGUACAGGUAACUGUGGUUCAGGCAAGAAGCCUGAGGAUAAAGGGGAAAAAUGGCACCAACGACGCAUACGCCAUCAUGCAGGUGGCCAAGGAUAAAUUCGCUACAUCGGUGGCAGAGAAGAGCGUUGCACCGGUGUGGAAAGAAGAGGCCACGUUCGAGCUGCCGCUCUUCCACAACGGUAACACAGAAAAGCGUAUGUUGCACGUCCAUGUAAUGCACCGGGCUCUCGUGGGACCUGACAAGUUGCUCGGCCAAGCAGUCAUCAACCUGUUGGAGCUCAGCGAGGUUAAAUCCCGUAAUAAGACUGAAUGGCAUAAACUGCUGGACAAGGCAGGCAAGCCAGACAAAGACCGGGGAGAGGUGCAGGUGGACAUCCAGUUUAUGAAGAAUAACAUGACAGCCAGCAUGUUCGACCUCUCUGCUACAGAAAAGCCGCACUCCCGCCUGGGAAGGUUCAAGGACAAGGUGCGAGGCAAAAAGGAGGGUCUGUCGGACACUGCGUCUGCCGUGGUACCAUCCUUCACCCAGGUUCUGACGGACAGCGAGGGGGAGGGAGAGGGGGGUACAGACAAAGGAGAGAAAAAGAAGAAAAACAAGCUGAAGUCUCUGUUUUCUCCCAAGUCUAACCUGCAGCGUCACGGACUGUCUCAGUCUAUGUCUGUCCUGGGCCCUCUGCCUGAGAAGAACUCCUCAUUGAGUGGCAGCCGCUCCACAAGCCUCAAUGUGGACUCCUCUGAAGGUAAAAAUAAAUUAAAGUUUCAGACCCAUAAGCGCACAAGCAGUUCUCUGUCCCUAGGGCGCUCUAAGAUUCCUGUCCUGCUUGCAGAGCAGAGUAACCUGUGCAUCAACGGCACUCACAUGUACACAGAGGAGCCCCAGCCCCGGAGCGCCCGCACUGGCUCCAACUUUAGCCUGGCCAGCUCAGGCCUUGCCUCCAUGGAAGACCUGCGCAAGGCCCAGGGUCGUAAGAGCUCCGGCACCUCCAUGGACUCCUUCAGGGCCCUGAAGCAGCCUUCGACCUGGGCAGAGGAAGAAGAGAGGGCUAUGUUGGAUGAGGAGAGGAAGAAAAAGGAAGUGCAGGAGAGGAAGAAGUUAGACGAGGAACAAGAGAAAAGCAGGAUUACGGAGGAGGAGGGGGAAGAAAUGAGGCUAGAAGAGGAACAGGAGGAGAGGAGUCUGAAGGUGGAGGGAGAGAACAGCAUUUGGAAGGAAGACCAGGAAAAGUGGAGGUUAGAGGAGAAAAGGAGAGAAAUGGAGGAACAAGAGAGGUGGGAAGAAGAGGAAAGAAUUAGGAGAGAAGAACAUGAAAUAAUGAGGGAGGAUAUACUGAGAAAGGAGGACGAGAGGAAAAUGAGGGAGGUGGAGGAAAGAUUGAAGAGGGAGAAAGAUGAGAGGAUUAAGAAGGAAGAAAGGAUUAGGAGAGAACAGGAGGAGGGUAUGCAAAGAAGAGAGGAAGAGGAGAGGAAGAUGAGGGAGGAGGAAGAAAGACUAAGGAGGGAACAGGAGGAUAUACUGAGAAAAAUAAGGGAGGAGGAAAGGAGGGGUGAAGAAAGAAUAAAGAGAGAGGCUGAAGAAAAAAUGAAGAGAGAGGAAAACAGAGUGAAGGAGGAGGAGGAAGAAAGGAGGAGGUUUGAGGAGGAGGAAGAAAGAAUGAAGAGAGAGGAUGAUAGGCUGAAGGAGGGGGAAGAAGAAAAGAGGAUUGAGGCGGAAGAAGAGAGAAUGAAGAGAGAGGACAGAGUGAGGGAGGAGGAGGAAGAAAGGAGGAGGAGGAUUGAGGAAGGAAGAAUGAAGAGAGAGGCUGAAGAAAGAAUGAAGAGAGAGGAGGACAGAGUGAGGAAGGAGGAGGAGGAGGAAGAAAGGAGGAGGAGGAUUGAGGAGGAAGAAGGAAGAAUGAAGAGAGAGGCUGAAGAAGAAAGAAUGAAGAGAGAGGAGGAUAGGCUGAGAAAGGAGGAAGAGCUUAGGAAGAUUAGGGAAAAGGAAGAAAGGCUAAAGAGGGAGGAGGAGGACGAUAUGCGGAGAAAUGAAGAAGAGCAGAGGAAAAUGAAGAAUGAGGACGAAAGGAGAAUAGAGCAGGAGAUGUUGAGAAAGGAAGAAGCAGAAAGAACGAGGCUUGAAGAGGAAAGGGAAGAGGAUAGAAGAAGAGAUGAGGAGCAGGGAAAACUGAUGGAGGCGAAAGAGAGGUUUAGGGUGGAUGAAGAAAAUAUGAAAAAAGAGGAUUUGAGAGGACAGGAAGAAGAGAUGACAGAGAAGGAGAAAAAGAGGAAUGCACAGAUGGAGAAAAAUCAAAGGCAUGAGGAGGUGAGGGUAAAGUUGGACAAAGUUGAACAACCGAUAAAGCAGAAUAGAGAGGCAGAGGCCAUCGUGUGCAAUAAUCCUUUUGAGGAAGUCUCUCCUACCACUUCAUGUGAUGACAACUCUUCAAAUAUCCUGUUUGAGGAGACCCCCACAACUUCUCCUACUGGUCCCAUCAGCUGCCGAACAAAUAAAGUAUCAGCAGUCAACCAGAGACCCUCUUCAUGUGUGAACCCUUCUCAGCCUAGUGUGUCUUCCAACCCCUUCUUAUCGUUCUUGUCUCCUGAAAUUGAGAUUUCUAUGGACUCCCCUAGAGUCGAUGGGGAAACCAGAAGCACCCAGGACUCGUCUACUGAUCUAAUGGAGAAGAAAGACACUGCCCCUCUGCUCCUCAACCAGCGCUGGGCUCGUAUGGACAACUGGCCUAGCAAGGGCAACGGUCAAUCUGUCACAGUGAAUCUCGUCCGAACAAAGCCAACUAAACAGCCACCUCCUCCAAUACGCCAAUCUUCCACGUCACUGGUGGGAUGCGGGGAUAACCAGGAGAGUGUUAGUGGUCAGGACGAUUCCAGUAUCAGGAUGGACAAGGGUCCUGCUCCAGAUAGACCAACCCAGGCUCCAAACCAGACACAUAGGGACCAGAGUAUGACUAGAGUGAACCUGGGACAUAAGGACAUAGGUGCCUCCAUGUCCAAGGUCUCUCAACGUGUAGUACAGAUUAUCACACCACUGAGAUUUUCCUCCACAGCUACAACAGAACACACAAGUGGAGGCCAGAGCUCUACCCACCAUGGGAACCAACCAGAACAAGAAAUGCCAUCUGCCACUGGGGGGUUGAGGGUGGCUAAACACAAUAAAGGUCCAGCACCUUCUAGGCCGCAGUACCCUCCAGGGAAGACAAUGCCAAAAGUUGAUGUAAUAGAUAAGCAAUUGAAUACUGAGGAACAUGACUCUUUGGUUGAGUUUGAUCCAAAUAAUCCCUUUGCAGAAGACUGCAGAAUGGAGAAGUCCUCUGGACAUGGUGAAGAACAGAGACUAACUGGUGAAUAUCAGGAGAGCCUAGACUCUCCCAAUCAUCAGAGUUGUACCUCCAUAGAAGCAAAUCCAGGUUCAAUGCAGAAUAGUGUGGUUAGCGACUCAAUGGAGCUUCCAACUCCAGAUGUUCUCCUAGCUGAGGAUGGCUCCCGUCCCACCAAAAACUCAUUAGCAGAGCUGGUCUGUGUUCCCUUGCUUCCAUUGAAGAAAACAUCCAUCUCUAGAGAGGAGGAUACUGGUAAACAGAGUUCUGGAAAACUACAAAGCCCAGGGGCUUCCUCUUUUAGGAAGCUUUCCUCAAGUAUCUCAGAAAAACUGCAGAAUCGAGGUGUGGGUAUGGCACGAACUUGUGUUACCAUUGCCCAGCCCCCAUGUGUACCCUCACCUGCCCCCUCCAUCUUACCCCAACCCAAGCCCCUGAAGGGAUCAGGGGGCAGGAGUAACUGUCCUCCCCAGACAAGCUCUCUCCCUGGCCAGAGGACCCUGCUUCAGGCUGGAGCUAUGUCCUCCGUUGCAGAGCAUUGCAGUGGAGAGGAGGCGGGAGGGAGAAGGGACAGGCCUACCUCAAGCACACACAGGCCCCAUCCAGUAAAGCCCCUGAGCUCCCUGGAAAACCAGCCAGCCUCCAACAUCCAGGAGAGGCAGGCUGGCGUAUCUACAGGAAUCCUCGGUGUCCUUCAAGAGAAGAUAAAGGUCAAAGACACAGGGGUCAAAGGUCAGUACUCCCAGCUGACCCAGGAGGAGCUGAUCUCCCUGGUGGUGAAGCAGCAGGACCAGCUCUCCAAGAGGGACAAUAAGAUCAAGGAGCUGGAGCAGUACAUUGACAACCUGCUGGUGCGCAUCAUUGAGGAGCAACCCAGUAUCCUGAUGUCCAUGAACUCACUCAAAUGAGACGUCUAGAAAUCUAUAUUUCUCCAUCCUGUUCCUAAUCAUUCAGAGCAAAGCUUCCUAGAUGUUUAUCUCCCUUAAUGCCUAUGUGUUAGGCUGUUUGAAGAAUUCCUGCUUGCCUCCCAAAGAACGUUUCAUUCACCUAUGUAUAACAUACCAAGCACUGGCUUUGUCUAUUCCUACUGAACAGAUGCACUUUUGAUUGUUCAUUACAUUUUGAAUGUUGUCUAAACUUUGAAUAAUCGUAUCUUAACAACUACACGGGUGAUAGUGUGCAAGGCUCUAUGGUGUGUGUGUGUGUGUAUUAAAGACCGUAUAAGAACAUGAACCAAAUCCACACAGGCCUGUUGGGAGGUUCUGUACAUUUUUGGCAGUUGAUAUGUCUUUCUAUUAAUGUUUUGAUGUGCUUGUAAGGAGGAGUGUGAUAUGAAGGCAACAACACUGAAGAAGGAAUUGAAUAGUAAAAAAUGAAAUAAAAAAGAAAGCAACAGAACA